AUGCGCAUCCCUCUGCUAGGCCGGCUACCCGCUCUGGAGUGGCCAGUCCUCAUCUUCUCGUUGGUACUUGUGGCCAUCGAGUACAUUCUUUCUAUUAUUACUUCUCUUCUUCCAACGUUUAUUAUUUCAUUCUUUGAUUCUCUAACGUCAGCCAUAUUUUUGAUCUUCCCGGUUUCAGGGACAAGUUCACUCAUUCAAGAUCCUACUCUGGACGACCUUGUAUCAAAGAUUGCCAACGCAGACGGAUUUGUUGAGAUCUGUCGUUUAUUUGGUUAUGAUGCUGAAGAGCAUAUUGUCAAAACUACAGAUGGAUAUUUGCUUGGUAUCCACCGUAUUCGAGGCCGCCAUAACCCACGUGCUAAGUCACCCGAUGGUUCCAACUCGUCGUCACCUUCAACAAAACCUGUCGUUUACUUGCACCAUGGACUUUUAAUGAACUCUGAGGUGUGGAUCUGUAACAUUGAUCCCAAACGUACUUUACCGUUUGUUCUUGCAGACAUGGGCUAUGAUGUUUGGUUAGGCAAUAAUCGCGGUAAUAAGUACUCGAAAAAGCACGUUAUGCAUAACCCCAACUCUGUUGCCUUUUGGAACUUUUCCAUUGACGACUUUGCACUCUAUGAUAUCCCGGAUACCAUCAAUUACAUUUUGUACAUUGUACAGCAGCGAGACUUGGUCUAUAUUGGGUUUUCUCAGGGCUCGGCUCAAGCAUUUGCUACACUUUCCAUCAACCCAGAGCUUAACAAAAAGGUACGCUUGUUCAUUGCGUUGGCACCAGCUAUGGCCCCUCCAGGACUUCAAAACUCUGUAGUAGAUUCUCUGAUGCGUGCCUCGCCAUCACUCAUUUAUCUAUUCUUUGGUCGUAAGGCCAUUCUCAAAAGCGCCACAUUUUGGCAGUCCAUAAUGUAUCCUCCAUUUUUUGUGACUACUAUCGACACAGCCAUCUCAUCUUUGUUUCAAUGGCACUGCAAAAACAUAUCUUACCCCCAAAAAUUGGCAGCAUACCCACAUUUGUACUCCUACACAAGUGUCAAGUCAGUUGUGCAUUGGUUUCAAAUUAUUCGAUCGGGCCGUUUUCACAUGUAUGAUGACGAUGUGGAGAGCCCUUUCUUUAAGGGUAAAUAUUUUUACCGCGUCGCUAGUUUCCCUACACAGAAUAUCAAGACGCCCAUUCUAUUACUCUACGGCAAAGCUGACUCGCUCGUGGAUAUUGGCGUUAUGACGUCGGAGUUACCAGAAGACUCGACAACAGCUGUUGGUUUUGAAGGGUACGAGCACUUGGAUAUGAUUUGGGGCGAUAAGGUCGACAAGGAGAUCUUUCCUUAUAUUUAUUCGGCACUGCGGCAGGUCCAUCAUGUACCUAAUGAUACCGCAGUUUUGGCUCUCCCCUGGAUAGAAUCUUCAAGCAGCGAAAGUAAGAAGGAAGUUGUUUUGCGGCUGUGUCUCACACCAAAUCCAGAGAACAGCAGCAUUUCCAGUACCCCUAUCGGGGGUUCACGGGCCAGUACGACCAUGAAUGAGGACUAUCAGCUUUCAUCAGCAAAGAAAGACUCGCUAUCGGGUCUUACCAUAGGUCCUCUGAGUGAACGCAAAAAUUCUAAGGCUUCGACCUUGUCUACCUCUUCGACUGAUAGCGGCAAGAGCACAGCUUCAUACAACCAACUUGCGGCCAAACUAUCGUCAUCUUUUUCGAGCACAGGAAUUAACUUUGGCAGCAGUCAACCAGUGGUAGAGGUCAUUCGCUCCGACAGACAUUCUACUGAGAAAUGA